AUGGAUUUGGAGAAGCACGUAGAGAAAAUUUUAUGGACAGAACAGCAAAUAUUUCAACGAGUCUCCGAGUUGGCCUCUGAAAUAACCCAAGAUUUCACUCCUCAAACCAACGCUCCAGCCAUUGUAGGUGUCGCUACUGGUGCUUUUCUGUUCCUAGCGGACCUUGUUAGGAAAAUCCAACUGCCUAUUUCUGUAGAUUUUAUUCGGGCCGAUUCAUAUAGGUCGGGCACUGUUUCGGAUGGAAAUCCCAGAAUUCCUUUUGACUUGAAGGUCGAUGUUGAAGGAAAGCACGUGAUUCUGGUUGAGGAUAUUGUAGAUACUGGAAGCACUUUGUCCUGUCUAAUUGAUCACAUAAAAUCUAAAGGUGCAUCCUCCAUAUCUGUCUGCACCCUUCUUGAUAAACCAGCACGGCGGAAGGUUCAUUUUGAACUAGUGGGUAAAGGAAAGUAUUACUGUGGCUUUGAGUGCCCAGAUUACUUUGUUGUCGGAUAUGGAAUGGACUUUGCGGAGCUCUACAGGAACUUGCCUUAUAUUGGUGUUUUGAAGCCUGAAAUGUACUCAUGA